AUGCCAUCGCAAGUUUCACCAACGAGCUCUUGCUACGAGCAAUAUACGCUCUCAACGCGCUCCAACGACCACGUCUCAGUCGAAGCGAGCGCCUCAUUUGCCGGCAAAGCAGCGCUGGCGAAACGAAAUCCGUGUAUAUUGAGCUGGAAAGGCUUAUCCUACUCGGUCAGCACCAAGAAGAAGACUCCCAAGUGUCCUGACGGCAAGAAAGACAUCCUCUUUGAGGUCACGGGACGAUGUGCACCAGGAGAGCUCACGGCCAUUAUGGGGCCGUCCGGGUCUGGCAAGACCACGCUGCUCGACAUCUUGGCCGAUCGCAUCUGCUCCGGCACUAUCAAAGGGGACAUCUUGCUCAAUGGAGAAUCAAGGAAUACUAAAAUGUUUCGAGCCGUGUCGAGUUAUGUGGCUCAGGAAGAUUCACUGUUGGGCUCAUUCACAGUGUUGGAGACGCUGGAGAUGGCGGCCAGGUUGACGAUGCCCAGCGGUAUUCCAAGUCUCACUACAGCCAAGCGCGUACAGAGAGUUAUCGACGAUAUGGGCCUUCGAGUGUGUGAGAACACGAUGGUGGGGGAUCUUUUCCACAAGGGGAUCUCCGGCGGCCAGAAACGCCGACUCAGCAUUGGGAUUGAGAUGCUGUCGGACCCGUCGAUAAUUCUUCUGGAUGAACCAACGUCUGGCCUCGACUCUGCGUCGACGUUCAACGUGAUCAAGCUCGUCUCGCGCUUGAGUAAGGAAGGCAGGACGGUCAUCUGCACAAUCCACCAGCCUUCGUCGCUCGUGUAUGAGAUGUUCACGAACGUGGUGAUCCUCACCGCUGGUCAGACCGUGUACUUCGGUCCACGCACGAAGACAAUCAGCCACUUCUCGUCUUUAGGCUACCACUGCCCUCAAUACCAAGACCCGGCCGAGUACUUCAUCGAUCUAGCGAACACGGACUUCGAGGGCCACGGAGAUAUCGUCCAGCUGAUCAACGGAUACGCGUCCAGCGCGGUCGCCGUCCGCAUUCUCAGCGCCAUCCGUAACGACUCGACAGGUGUUCACGCCAUCAAGUCCACGAUGUUGACGGCCGCGUCGCCAUUUCAGCAAUUUCUUGUGCUGCUGCACCGAAACCUGGUCAACAACUUCCGCAACCCUGGAAUCUACUGGAUCCGACUGGUGACAUACACGACCCUCUCCUUCAUGGCCGGGACCAUGUUCCUGUCCUCGAAUGAGAAGAUCGUGGCCACCGAUCUCGUGCUGCUCAUCACGUACGUCAACAUCUACCUGGUCUUCAUGUCCAUCGCUGUGUUGCCCUUCUUCAUCGAGCAACGCGCUGUGUUUCUGCGGGAACGGACCAACAGUGGCCUGAAUGUGGCCAGCUACGUGGUGGCCAACUUUCUCGGCGCAUUGCCCGGUUUAUUUCUCAUCGCUCUGAGCUCCAGUCUUCUCAUUGUGUAUUUGGCCGGGCUGAGAUCCUUCGGCGUGUUCCUCUUCGUGGUGUUCCUCUCGCUUGUCAUAGCCGAGAACCUCAUGCACCUCAUUUCCGCUGUCGUGCCGGAAUUCAUCAUCGGCAUGGCCUUGGGCGCUGCGAUUUUCGGGUGUUUUAUCUUGGUCAUGGGACUUUUUGCGCCGGGCCCCGCCAUCCCCGACUACUGGCGCUGGAUGCAUCGACUGGGGUUUCUCUCCUGCAGCUUCGAGGCGCUGAUCUUCAACCAAUUCGGUGAGGAUUUGACUCCUGCCGGGCUGGCCGUGCGGGCCAAGUUCAUCCCGGGCGAAGUGCACGUCGGCCACGACAUGGCCGUGCUGGCCGGUAACGCGGCCGCCUUCGAUCUGCUCUUCGCCGCCAUCCUGUACAAGUUCCACACCGGCCGUCGAUAG